AUCCUCUGUGUCUCCAGGUGAUGGAGGAGAUCUCUGUGCUCCAGGACGAGGGUGUGGAGGAUGCUGAGGUUCAGAUCUCGGUGCUUUCUCCUCGAUGCUGGUCUGUAUCCCCUGUCUGCUACCUGGACGAUCCAUCCGAGUACCUCCCAGAGGCCCUCAGCAUCCCUCUGCAGCACUUCAGCGACUUCUAUACAAAGAGUCAGGUCGCUCUGGGCUCGGACCUCACUCAGUCUCGCCGGCUGCAGUGGACUUGGUUGGGGAGCGCUGAGGUACAAUAUGGAGACCUGACGCUCCGAGUCUCCACCCUCCAGAUGUUCAUCCUACUGCUCUUCAACCAGCACAAGGAAGUCCUAGAAGAAAGCAUAGUUCAGUCUACGGGGGUGGCGGAGACUCUUGUGCGGCAGGCUCUAGCGCCUCUGACUGCUCCGGGCAGCCUCCUGAUGUACAGGCGCAGCGGGCUGCUGUGUGUGAAUGAGGAUGGUGCGGUGGGACUAUCUCCGGUGAAGGUUCUGGCGCUGCUUCCGGCACAGACCUACCUGAAUGUGGAGGAAGAUGAGGGACGGACAAUGGAGAAGAAGAGGAACAUCAUCCUGUGUCUCAUCACUCAGAUCAUGAAAGCUGAGAAGGAGCUUCAUAUCGACAACCUGGUGUUCCGGGUCGUUGAAUCCUGCCAGAAGUUGGAUUUUGGGAAAAGCGUGAGGUUCCUGAGCUUCAGCUGCAGCCACGCGGACGUCCUGUCCUGCAUCAUGUACCUCAUCGGUCAGGGCUAUGCCCGGCGCAGUGAUGACCGUCCGCACAUCAUCCAGUACAUGUCCCAUGAGCCGUCCACCCCGCAGAGAGGAAAGGCCCAUAUCCGCCUCCAGGGCUCAGACAAGAAGAAACCAGGGGUGGUCACCAAGGCCCCCAGCUGCGGGGGAGCGGUGGAGCGGGCAGUUCUGGAGUCUGUCCUUCUGCCCAUGGGACGGACACUCAGCCAGGAAGAGGCCUGGACUCUCAUGUGCCAGAUGGUGGAGCAAGUGUCCACCACCCUGAGUGUGACCCCAGACGUGGCCCAGCAUCUGCUCAUUCACUGUAAGUGGAACAUGGACCAGCUGCUGCAGCGCUUCACCGAGGACCAUCAGGCUCUUCUCCUUGCUUCUGGACUAGAGGUUCAGGAGCCUCACAAGCCCGAGAGCCCUCAGCCCACCUGUCCGGUGUGUGUGAGCCCACUCAGCGCUGGAGACAAGCCGCCAUCUCUGUGCUGCAAGCAUCACUGCUGCAAGAACUGCUGGAAUGAAUAUCUGAGCACUCGCAUCGAGCAGAACCUGGUCCUGACCUGUACGUGUCCCACCACGGACUGCCUGGCACAGCCCACAUCUGACUUCAUCCGGAAGAUCAUCUCCUCCAAGGAGGUGAUAGAGAAGUAUGAGAAGGCUUUGCUCCGUGGAUUCGUGGAAAGCUGUUCUAACCUGACGUGGUGCACCAACCCCCAGGGCUGUGACCGCAUCCUGUGCAAGGAAGGCCUAGGGAGCGGGGCGGCCUGCGCCAAGUGCUCCUGGAUGUCCUGCUUUAACUGCAGUUUCCCUGAGGCUCACUACCCCGCCAGCUGCAGCCAUAUGUCUCAGUGGAUGGACGACGGAGGAUUCUAUGAGGGAAUGACCCUUGAGGCGCAGAGCAAGCACCUGACCAAGCUCAUAUCCAAGCAUUGCCCCAGCUGCCAGGCUCCUAUCGAGAAGAACGAGGGCUGCCUUCACAUGACCUGUGCCAAGUGUAAGCACGGCUUCUGCUGGCGCUGCCUGAAGCCCUGGAAGCCUACCCACAAGGACUACUACAACUGCUCGGCCAUGGUCAGUAAAGCCGCACGUCAGGAGAAGAGGUUCCAGGAUUAUAAUGAGAGGUGCACAUUCCAGCAUCAGUCAAAGGAUUUUGCAGUGUCUCUGAGGAAUCGGCUGUGUGUCCUUAAUGAAGAACCUCCUCUGCGGACCAUGAGCCUCCUCAUUACCGCCUGCAGGGUGCUGGAGAUGAGCCGCAAGGUCCUCGGUUACUCCUGUGUGUACAGUUACUAUAAUCAGGACUCGGAGCGGCUCGAUGUGUUGGAGUCUCAGACAGAAAACCUGGAGUUCCACGUGAACGGUCUUCAGAUUCUGCUCGAGAACAGCCUCCUCCAAAGCGAGGACCUCGCCUGCUCCGUGCGGCUCCUCAGUACUGACAAGUACAACAGUGGACUAGAACUGGUCAGGAGAGUCCAGGAGAGACUGAACGGCAUCCUGCAGCACUCCACCCAGGUGAGCAGAUAUCACACACCAGAGCUAUCCUCCUUAAUAUCGACGACACCUCAUACUCUGUGGAUACCGCCAGCGAGCAGGAUGAUGAUGAGGAUGACGAUUAUGAUCCCUGAGUGGCAUGAAGACUAUGACGAUGAACUGGACGAGGACGAAUUCUCGUACGAUGACGACGAUGAUUCCAGAAACCUGGCACCGGACUACGUCCUCUUUGAAGAUUAUGACGGAGAAGCCUACAAGUGA